CAACCCUCUCCUCUCUGAAUAAUCUGAGUCCAAGUCCCGCGGAGGCUACAGCCAUGAAGGAGAGACGCGCCCCGCAGCCAGUCGUGGCCAGAUGUGAGCUCGUUCUGGUGGGGGAUGUGCAGUGCGGGGAGACUGCGAUGUUACGGGUGGUAGCGAAGGACUGCUAUCCCGAGACGUAUGUGCCCACCGUGUUUGAGAAUUACACAGCCUGCUUGGAGACCGAGGAACAAAGGGUGGAGCUCGGUCUCCGGGACACCGCAGGAUCUCCCUACUGUGACAAUGUCCGUCCACUCUGCUACAGUGAUUCGGAUGCAGUAUUACUAUGCUUUGAUAUCAGCCGACCGGAGACAGUGGAUACUGCACUUAAGAAGUGGAGGACGGAAAUCCUAGAUUAUUGUCCUAGCGCCCGUGUUUUGCUUAUUGGCUGUAAGACGGACCUGCGAACAGACCUGAGCACACUGAUGGAGCUGUCCCACCAGAAACAGGCACCUCUCUCCUAUGAGCAGGGCUGUGCCAUAGCCAAGCAGCUGGGUGCGGAAACCUACCUGGAAGGCUCGGCUUUCACCUCAGAAAACAGUAUCCACAGCAUCUUCCGGACGGCGUCCAUGGUGUGUCUGAACAAGCCCAGCCCGGUGCCCCCAAAGAGCCCUGUCCGCAGCCUCUCCACGCGACUGCUUCACCUCCCCAGUCGUUCCGAACUCAUCUCUUCUACCUUCAAGAAGGAAAAGGCCAAAAGCUGUUCCAUUCUGUGAAGUGGGGGUUGGAGAAGGGAGGCAACCUCCCACUUCCUCCCUUGGGUGGCAGAGGCACAGGGAGAGGGAGGAUGGGACAGUUGAGGACACUGGACGUGCGUUUUUCAGACGGCCACGGGGAGGCCCUGAAAGGAGACAGGAAUGGCACGAGGAAAGAGCCAGGCCCGGCUUGAGGACCUGACCCUGAGAAAGAACCAUCACACCCCAAGCCAGGCACUCGGUUGUGGUGGGGGCGGCUGCCCCAGUGUCACCCCCACGCCCCCGCCCCCACUCCAGAGGAAGGAAAGGUGUGGGGGUGCGGGGGGCAUGCUGG